AUGAAUUCAUCAGACGACUCCAGAUUUUCUAGUCAAUAUCAACGAUUUGAUGAUGAUGUUCAGGAAAACUUUAGGACUAGUCCUAAGUAUGGAUCUAUAUUGUCUUGCACUUCUUCAGACUAUCAACCGAAAGCUUCCACUCUCGAAAAUGACACGAUACCGGACUCAUAUCAAGCAACUCCAAGAGAUAUUGAAAUCGAUGAUCUCGCCGAAAGUACUGUCUUUGCAAAGCAAACCAUCAAUGAUCCUGACAUACAUUGGGAAAUGAAUUAUCAUGAAGCUGCGAUAUUUUUAGAGGAAGGACAAAAUAAUGAAAAAUUUGAUUCUCAUCCUCGACAUCCAGAAGAUUUACCAGCAUAUCUUUUAGUUCAUAACAAUUGGUAUUAUGGCCUUGAUCUUUUUACUUCUUUACUACUACUAGCUCUUGCUUUUGUUGAAGAACCAGCGGUUUCAAUUUUUCAAUUGCCAGUUUGGCUACACGGUUCUAUUGAACUAUUGGCAUUAUUAACAAUCGGCGUGGAGUUAGCAUUGAAAUUAAGAUGGAUUGGUUGGGGCACUAUCUUAAAACACAAGCGAACUAUGCUGAAGUGUGUUACAUUAGCGAUAAUGUUUUUGGAAGCGGUAAUUGUUGUUAUUCGACAAUCAUCCCAUUUUAGAGUGACUAGAGCAUUAAGACCAAUUUUCUUAGUUGAUACCAAAUAUUGUGGCGGAGUACGAAGAUUUAUUAGACAAAUUUUGCAAACCCUACCGCCAAUUUUAGAUAUGCUUGGUCUUUUGUUGUUUUUUAUUAUUGUUUAUAUGGUACUGGGUUACUUUAUGUUUUCUGAAACAAAUCGCAAUUUUGCGACAUUACAAGACAGUUUUGUUAGUCUUUUUGUUCUGUUGACAACGGCUAAUUUUCCAGAUGUAAUGAUGCCUUCAUUUUCUAAAAGCAAGUGGUAUGCGAUAUAUUUUGUAUCUUAUUUAUCAAUGAUGCUCUACGUCAUGAUGAAUCUCAUGUUAGCUGUUGUCAAUGAAACGUUUACGUCUGCCGAGCGAGAUAAAUUUAAAAAAUUAUUUCUGCACAAACGACGAGCAUGUCAACAUGCAUUUAAACUUCUUGUUUCCAAACAAAAUCCUGAUCAAAUGAAAUUUAAACAGUUUGAGGGAUUAAUGCGCUAUUAUGCUCCUAAAAAAAGUACGCUAGAUAUCAUUUUGAUGUUUCGCCAUUUAAAUUCUUCUAAUAGCGGUGCAUUAAGUUGUGAAGAAUUCCUUAUGGUUUAUGAUGUAACAACAUUAGAAUGGGAACCACAAUACUCGGGGAUACCUUGGUAUCAUACGGCUUGGCCACCUUUGCAAAUGCUUUGCAAUGGAGCUCACAUUGCAAUCAGAUGGCCUUAUUUUGAAACUUUUGUCUAUGCUUCUAUAAUUUUAAAUGGAGUAGCCAUGGGUUGUAGACUUUUGGAAUCAUCGCCCAACCAAGUAGUAGCGGCUCAUAAAUUUGCUGCUGAUUGGGAUACACUUGCUUUUGCCAGUUUAUUUGUAACUGAAGCAAUGACUAAAGUUCUUGGAUUGGGAAUCCGACGAUAUCUCAGUUCAGGUUGGAAUCUUUUCGAUUUAGGAGCAUCAGUAAUGCCAUUAAUAGCUGCUUGUGGCUUAUCAUUAUUUCCAAAUGCAAUGUUCUUCGUAAUAUUCCGACCACUUCGUCUUCUACGGUUGUUUAAAAUAAAGAAACGUUAUCGUGAUGUUUUUGGUACAUUGGUUAUACUUUCACCACUGAUGUGUUCUACUGCAAUUGUAAUGCUCAUUUUGUAUUACUUCUUUGCAAUUAUUGGAAUGGAAAUGUUUGCCGGUUAUGAUAUGCGAAAUUGUUGUAUAAAUACAACAGUUGAAGAUUUUUACAAAUACUCAGCAAAUGGAAGUACUACUUUAGGUUAUUAUUAUUUAAAUACAUUCGAUAAUUUAAUGGCAAGUGAAAUGACAUUAUUUGAAUUAACAGUCGUCAAUAAUUGGUUCAUUUUAAUGAAUGCUUAUGCAGUGAUAGUUGGAUUUUAUACUCGAUUUUAUUUUAUGACUUUUUAUUUAGUCACAAUGAUAGUAUUAACGAUUGUCGUUUCAAGUUUUUUGGAAGCAUUUAGAUUUCGAAUACAGUAUAAAAAAUCAACGUCCAAACGAGAUGAGGAGAAAAUGUUACAUGAAGAAGUUGAAUUGAAAUGGGAUGAAUUACAAACAAUUAUUCAGGACUUUCACAUUUUGGAAAAAUUAAGAUCUUCUCUUAUGGUAAAUAAUACCACAAACUAUAUUGGAUCUCGGCCUCGUACGCGUGAAGUACUUCAACGAAGAAUGUAUACUCUUGAAAUUCAAGAAUGGGUUGCUGAAGCUAAAGUUGAUGAAAAGUCCAGUGAACCACUUUUAUCAAGUAGCUUUGAUGAAAUUCGAGUCGAAGAUUCUAAUAUGGAUGUAGGACAAAUAAUUGAUAGUAGACAUAAUUCUUUACAACACCGUAAUGGACUUACUACCAGUCCAAUGUAA